UUUCAUUGCAUGCAGUGCAGUCUAUAAAACAGAAUGCGUUCUCGGUGGAUCUCGAGUUUCCUAUCACUUAUCGUCAUUCGUAGCGUAUAAACAUAACAGCACGCGGUCAUUAACUUACAAAUUGUUUACGUGUCGUCCGACACAUGGGAACUCAGUAAUAUAGUGCACGAAAUGCCAAUUUCUGUGUUAUAAAAAACACGAUCGGGCCAUUGUUAGCGUCGUAGACGGGUUUCGGAUCGAAAUUUUCGAACGAUCGCGCGAGCAAAAUGUCAUGCAGCUACGCGGACGGGCUCUCACAGUACGAAAACAAAGGAGUGCUUGGGUUGGAAGAGAGAUACGACAGCAUCGAGGCGUUGCGACUGAAAUGUGGCCUUCUAGCCGAUUGGAUACAGGCGGCACGACACGUCGUCGUUCACACCGGUGCCGGCAUCAGCACUGCUGCGGGCAUUCCGGAUUUUCGAGGUACAAAUGGAGUAUGGACAUUAGAACAGAAAGGUUUAAAACCCACAAUGAACAUUUCCUUUGACGAAGCAAUUCCUACAAAGACACAUAUGGCGUUGAAAAAGCUAGUAGAUGCUAAAAAAGUUAAGUUUAUUAUAAGUCAGAACAUUGAUGGCUUGCAUCUACGUUCUGGAGUACAGAGACAGUAUCUUGCAGAAUUACAUGGCAAUAUGUUUACUGAACAGUGUGAUAAAUGUGGAAGGCAAUUUAUUCGGAAUUUUGCGACUAAAAGCGUAGGAAAAAAGUCUCUCGACACCGUGUGUAGAUCUGAACAGAUUGGUGGUCGUCCGUGUCGUGGACGUAUGCAUGACACCAUCCUCGAUUGGGAACACAACUUACCAGACAGUGAUCUAACAUUAUCUGACUUGCAUUCUAGUGUCGCGGAUUUAAGUAUAUGUCUUGGGACGACACUACAAAUUAUCCCGAGUGGUAAUUUACCUCUAUAUACCAAAAAAUACGGAGGUCGUCUUGUUAUAUGUAAUCUACAACCUACAAAACAUGACAAAAAAGCAGAUUUAAUAAUCAAUGGCAACGUCGAUGAAAUAAUGAUCAGCGUCAUGAAAAAAUUGGGACUGGAAAUCCCCGAGUACGAAAGUACAAUGGAUCCUACACGCAAUUCUGAUACAACAUCCAAGGAAAUGGAUUGGACGAUACCAACAAGCAGAAUAAAAGAAAUGAAUGUGUUGUACAAGAAAGUGUGCAAACCGAUGAGAAGGAAACGGAAGACGUUCAUGUACGAGAGGGAGAGAACUGACACAAAACGUGAGACGAAGACAAAGAAGCAAGCGUUCAUGAUGAAGCAGGAUAUAAAAACAGAGGAUGCGAUGAACACAGCGAACCAAGUUUGCAACAACGCGGUGGUUCCAGAGGAUAUAAGCAGUAACGCGGUGAAAAUUGAGGACGAGAUGAAGGAUGUGGAACCAUUCGAGUUCACGACGAACAACAUGACUCAGCCAGAUCUCGGUUUAGAAGUGAACGACAUACUGUAGCAUGAUUUCAGCGGGUGGUGAUUGAGCGACCUAAUACUCCUAUUAAUAUUCAGUCUCUGUUAAAUUUAUUUACGAGUGCAUAUAGAAUGGAUGUUAUCUGUAUGUGAAGAAUGCCUAAAAAAGUGCUAUUGAUUUGUUUAUACAAAAAUAACAAAAGAAAAAAAAAAAUACAAAGUAAGUCUAUAAGUUUAUCAACCGGUAAAUCGCUUUUAUCGUCAAGGCAGAAAGCGCUGCAAUACGUGUACAUAUAUGUAGUAGUACUUUCGUAAUCGCUUCCAUGUUCUGUCCGCUUUUUCAUUAUUAGUAGUUCUUCUUAAUCAGAAAAGGUCAGAGUUUCCAAUGAUCUAAUGUGUAUCAUGUUCUACUGAUAUACACGUAUAUGCAUGCACAACAUGUUUUUCUCCAUUACAAUACAUUAAAUGUUAAGUACUUAAUAUGGUUUAUUUAGGAUCGUUUGUAAGGUGUUGAACACAGAUUUUGUAGUACAGCGUCGAUCAUGAAAUGAUCUUUCUUCAUAUCGAUCUCCUAAAUGAUUAUGAAGA